AUAUUGACCCAAUUUUGACCCUUAACAUGGUCAUACAUUAGAAAUUUGUCACCAAGUUGAAACUUGUUCCUUGUGACGUCAUCAAUCACAUAAAAGUGAAAAAUCAGACAAAAUUAUCGAAGUAGCCGGUAAAUCAUGACAUGAUUUAUGCUGCCUGCUGACUAUUCCACUUUUCCAUAAAUUCUCUGCAAAAAAUGACGUCAUUUUAGUCCAGGCACAUGAGUCCAUUGCGUCUCUAUCCAACAUGUCUGCGUCCAUGGUAAGAUUGAGCCGCCAGGUUCGCAUUGUUUCAAGAUGUCAGAGGCCACAUCCCUUUCUAACUUCAGUCAAUCAGAAUGGAGACACAUUCAUAAAUGAACAGCUGGAUGUCAGGUUAACUCAGGCAAGAUGUUACUCCCAACAGUCUCAGAGGAAAGGCUUCAUUUCCGGUUUCAUUGAUAACAUCAAACAGGAAAUGAACAAAAACAAAGAGAUGAAGGAUAAUAUCAAGAAGUUCAGAGAGGAGGCAGAGAAACUUGAACAGUCAGAUGCCUUACAGGAAGCAAGAAAGAAAUUUGAAAAUUUAGAGAAGGAGACAGCGCGAGGAUCAGCAGCAGUCAGACAUACUUUUGAUGACAUCAAGGAAAAAGUAUCGAAGGGAGUAGAAGAAGCCCAGAAGCAGGAAUGGGUAAAGAAAGGAAUCGAUGACCUUUCAAAGAGUGCUAAAGGUGCUGCGGAGAGGGUCAGUAAAUCAGGAGAGGAAAUUAGUCAAAGUGCUGCAUUCAAGACUAUUUCACAGAGUGUAAAGGCUGUAAAAGAGGAAAUAGAUGAGAGUACAACAUCCAAGGCAAGGCCUUACAGGGCACCAACUCGGUUACGAAAAAGAACAGAAGGCUUAAAUACAGAAGAUGGAAUGACAAAGACCUUUGAAGCCAAUGAAGAUGCAACUGGUAUGGUUCUACACAAGGAUUCUAAAUGGUAUCAACAAUGGAAGAACUUCAGUGAAAAUAACCAAGUAUUUAAUAAGAUGUUUGACCUCAAAAUGCGUUAUGAUGAAAGUGAUAAUAUUAUGGUUCGUGCUUCAAGAGCUGUUACAGACAGAGUCAGUCAGCUAUUAGGAGGAGUAUUCUCACCCACUGAGAUGUCUGGGGUCCUGACAGAAAUCAUUAAAAUAGAUCCUUCUUUUACCAAGGAAGGCUUUCUUAAAAUGUGUGAGCAUGAAAUUAUACCAAACAUUCUAGAGGCAAUGAUAAGAGGAGAUCUAGAAAUUCUGAAAGACUGGUGUUAUGAAGCUCCGUAUAAUCAGCUCGCUACACCAAUCAAACAAGCCACGGCCAUGGGAUACAAGUUUGAUUCCAAAAUAUUAGAUGUUGACAUGGUAGAGCUCUCUAUGGGUAAGAUGAUGGAGCAAGGGCCUGUAUUAGUGAUAAGCUUUGUAGCUCAACAGAUUAUGGCUGUUAGGAAUGCUAAGGGUGUUGUAGUCGAAGGAGACUUGGAGAAGGUGAUGAGGGUAACAUAUGUCUGGGUUUUAUGUCGAGAUCAGGAGAUCUUGGAUCCUUCAUCAGCGUGGCGCCUUUUAGACAUGUCUGCUCAUUCUGCUGAACAAUGGGUCUAAGCCAUUCUUCUGUACCUCAAAUGCAGUAUUUGCAGUCGAGCCAGAGAACGGGUCCAGAUGCAGCCACCCUCAGAGGAUUUUGUCAAUUUAGUGAGCUACCAGCUCCCAAAACUGAACUUGAUCAUGAUAUAGAGGGUUUCCACAUUACGUCACCAUGGAGAACACAACAAUUUGGAAACCUGUGCAUUAGAUUAUAAAAAUAAUGAUUGAUCACAUUUUAAUGCACAGGUGCUUAUUGCUUGCCCUACGACAUGGCUUGUUGUGGAAUCCUCUACACUGAAUCAAAUAGGAAAGUGAUUUCAUGUAAAUUUCACAUUUCCAUGAGUGAUCUUACAGUGCAUAUGUUAACAUUAUUCAAGAUGAAAAUGACGAUGGUGCCAGUUGCAAAAAUAUUGAGAUUAUCAAAUUUAAAUUGGUAUGAUUAUAUUGACCGCCGAGUGAUACGAAAAUGUGAUUCAGGAGGAGUGUAGCAUUGCCAGAUGAUUGUUCUACCCAAUUCAGCUAGGUUCUGUGAUUGACAGAAUUCUGUUUCGUUUUAGAUGAAAAUCAAUGAACAGAGAGGGCGUCAACACGUGAUUGUGUUGACGAUUGUUGUUUGAGCAAAGUUCCACUUUGCUCAAACUUUCUAACCCCCCCCCCCCGAAUCCUUGUGCCCGAGUUUAGGUGGUUUGCAGGGUUGAUAUUUUUGUUUGUGCAGCAUCAUUUAGCAGAAGAAAGUAUCAACCUCGCAAAUUACGGAGUAUAUUUAUAUGUAAAAUCAUAUUAUCAUACUUAUUUUUAGAUCAUUUUUUUUAAUACAUACAUGAGAAAAUAAAAAGGGCACAAAAUCUCCAAUCUAAAUAAGAGGGGCCUUAAUGAGGCAAAUCAAAAGGGCAUCCUUAUCAGAAAAAUUGCUGAUUGGUCUUUUUCUGAUUGGUCUAUACCCGCUUCUUUACUUUCCAUUUGGUCUCAUCCUACAUGGUCUAAUCUUCCUUAGACCCAGGUUACAUCUGAAAAGUGCUGGCCCGGGCCGGCCCAAGUCUUGUGGCAUCCUUGACGACAAUUAAGGUGGAUUAGCUUCGCGAACGGAUGUGGUUCGUAAAUAUGUACCUGUUUACAUCACAUCAUAUUCAUUUACCCCCACAGGAAUUUAUGUCGAUCCAAUUGUCGGUUUAAAUUCCUGACCCACUUUCAGUUUAAGAGUUUGAAGGCACUGACCCUUAUUUAAAUGUUGAUAAACUCCAGGAUUUGAAAGCGGUCUGCAAAGUGAAGGCUAUUUGUAUCAAUAUUUUGGACAUGGUUAUAUACUAGCUACACUUCAUAGUCCUAACUCUCCUCUUUGUGACUAUCAUGCACACCACUAUUGAUAAAUGGGGGCAAACUACGGCAAGUGGUCCGAGACGCGGUUUGAGUUAGGGUUACAUGGUGGUCUUGGGUAGAUUCGCUGUAAGUUGGCCUGAGGUUGGUUUGAUAUGUUUACAUCUGUUUUCUUUCCUACCUGAGGCCAGGCCCCAUGCCAGCGAUUUUCCAGAUGUAACAAGGGUCCAAGUCUCCUACUAACCAUUGAUGUAAUUACCAUUGAGCCCAUUUAUCAUUUUGCCUAAUUUCCACUCAUUAUUAAAGGGUAUUGGUGACAAGUUGUCAUAAAGGUAGCAUCAUUUAAUUAAAAGCAAGGAUUUCACUUGCUAUCCUGACAACCCUUAUUGUGUAAAGGGAUUGAAAUGAAGACAGAAAAAACUUUAACAUUUUACUUUUUACCUUUCAGUAUUUUACUGUUUUAACAUGAAGACCUGCUUCAGAUUCCAUUGUGGAUGAUAAAGAGAUAAAAUAUUUAAAUAUUCUUAUUGUAAUGCAAGCACCAAAUUAUACUGUUGCAUUAUUAUUAAAUAUAUUGUGAAUUGUACAAU